AUGCCUCUGCGAAUGCGGAAUGGAGGCCACUUCCACCAUGCGGCAUCAGCCUCUUCGCUCCCGUUUGCUUCAUCCUCGGCUCACCACCGCUAUGCAGAUACGCAUGACCGCCCCGGCGCCUUCCAUCCCCGCCUUCGGGUCAUGGACCGGUACAGAAUCGUCGGCUUUAUCAGUAGUGGCACUUAUGGACGUGUGUACAAGGCCGUCAGCCGUGUCAGCACCGUGGCUGUUCGUACGACGACGACGACGACGACGACGACGACAUCCAGCACCACCUCCUCCGACAUCACAGCCACAUCAUCGUCACAAUUCCCCGCAGGCUCCAGCUCCGGCUCCGGCUCCAGCUCCAGCAGCGCGGCGGGCGGUCAGGAAGUAGCCAUCAAAAAGUUCAAGCCCGACAAGGAGGGCGAGCAGAUCAGCUACACGGGCAUCUCCCAGAGUGCCAUUCGGGAAAUGAGCCUCUGCAGCGAACUUCGGCACCACAACGUCAUCCGCCUGGUCGAGACGCUGCUGGAGGACAAGUGCAUCUUCAUGGUUUUUGAGUAUGCCGAGCACGAUCUGCUGCAAAUCAUCCACCACCACACCCAGCAACCGCGGCAUCCCAUCCCCCCGACCACCAUCAAGAGCAUCAUGUUUCAGCUGCUCAACGGGUGCCAGUACCUGCACACCAACUGGGUGCUGCAUCGUGACUUGAAACCCGCCAACAUCAUGGUCACCUCGGCGGGCGAGGUCAAGAUCGGAGACCUGGGUCUGGCCAGGCGGUUCGACAAGCCCAUGCACUCCUUGUUCAGCGGCGACAAGGUCGUCGUCACCAUCUGGUACCGCGCGCCCGAGCUCAUCCUUGGCUCGUACCACUACACGCCGGCCAUUGAUCUGUGGGCCGUGGGCUGCAUCUUUGCCGAGCUGCUCUCUCUACGCCCAAUCUUUAAGGGUGAGGAGGCCAAGAUGGACAGCAAGAAGACGGUGCCCUUCCAGAGGAACCAGAUGCAAAAGAUAGUCGACAUCAUGGGCAUCCCGACUCGCACCAAGUGGCCGCUGCUGCCCACGAUGCCAGAGUUCAGCCAACUCAACACCCUGCAGUCUCCGCCGUCUCACCACGGCCAUCACCACCACCACCAGCAGCAUCAACACCAACACCAACACCACGGUCAUUCCUCCAGCGGCAGCUCGACGUCCAACCUCGAAAAAUGGUACUACAACACCAUUUCCAACGCUCCCCAAAGCGGGUCGUCGGCCCCGUCAUUGACAUCCCUCGGUCCAGAGGGAUACAAGCUCCUCGCCGGGCUCUUGGAAUACGACCCUACCAAGCGUCUCACGGCUGCGCAGGCGCUUCAGUCGACAUUCUUCACCACCGGCGACCGCGUCAACACCAACGCUUUCGAAGGCCUCAAGGUGGAGUAUCCCCAUCGCAGGGUCAGCCAAGAUGACAACGACAUUCGCACGAGCAGUCUCCCCGGCACCAAGAGGAGCGGAUUGCCCGACGACUCGUUGCUGCGGCCUCCUAAGCGCGUCAAGGAGUAG